GAACCCUCCAACAUCUAGGUGAAGCAAUUGUGCCAAUCAAUACCUGCGUACUUAGUACUUGGCUUGCUAAGUAGAUUGGGCGGACAUUGGGUCCCGUAUUGUACUUGUAGUACCCCUGCUAAGGUCAUAAACUCUCGCCCAUAACACAUAGCACCGGAUACCUGAAGGUUACAUUCAGAUACGCAUAGAGACGCACAGUACAUCAUAGCUCGGUGAAUUAUCCUACAGGAACCUUCUUUCUUUCCCAUCUUCUUCACCCCUCCGUGCCGUGCCCGCUCGCCGGAGCCGACAUGGCUAGUCUAGCGGAACGGUACAGGGAGCUCCUUCAGUGGGCCGAAUCCGCGGGCGGACGGCUUCAUCCUGCUGUUGAGGUCUAUCACGACGAGGUCACAAAAGGGUCCUUCCGGGUCAAGGAAGACGGUUUGCUUGGUCAAGAUGAAGAAAUCGUCUCCCUCCCACUGUCAUGCUCUCUUUCGUUCCUCAAUGCUAUCGCCGGCCAUCCAAAGUUCCCAUCAGGAACCCCGCCUUCUAUCACGACACCACGAGAGGAGACCUACUUUCCAGUCAAGUUUCUGGAGAAUGUGCCUUGUCACGUCGUAGGCAGGUUCUUCCUUAUGCAGGAGUAUCUUAGUCGACACAAUUCCCACUGGUGGCCCUACAUUAGAACCCUUCCCCAACCUGAGCACAUGACAGCCAUGCUGCCCAUCGUAUGGCCUGCGGACGAUAUUGAAUUCCUUCGUGGAACCAACGCGUACGUGGCAGUGCAAGAAAUACGAUCCACCUUGAGAAAGGAAUACAAACAGGCUAUGAAGUUUCUGCCUGAAAAUUUUCAGUACGAGUAUACCAGACCACUCUAUUACUGGGCAUACUGUAUUUUCACAUCGAGAAGUUUCCGUCCGUCACUCAUCCUUCGGGACGCAGACUCCCUCUCUCUGCCUUGCAAGACGGAUGAUUUUGCCAUCUUACUACCCCUGUUUGAUAUCGGUAACCACUCACCGCUUACCGACACUUCCUGGGUAACUGACAAUGACUCACGCACUUGCACAUUACGUUCUUCCCAACCCUAUUCGGCUGGUCAGCAAGUUUACAACAAUUAUGGGAUGAAGACAAAUGCCGAGCUACUUCUCGGCUAUGGUUUCAUCUUUCCGGAAAGUGCGGAUUUCCACAACGACUACGUUCAUAUCAAGACGAAAGCAAACGCCACAGCUAGUGAUCUAAGUACCUCACAUAUCGUGUCUUUACGGCGGCUCUCACAUCAAAGCUCGUUGGUUGGGAGAUUUAGACUGCUCGAACCAAGCCAUGUCUCUUGUCUGCCCUGCUUUUCUCAUUUUCAGGAUUCGCUCAUCGCUUCGCUGUAUGAAUCUAUUGUGAGACGUCAGGGUGCGACCCCGGAAGUUCCUUUGAUUGAGAUCCUGCAAGGUAGGAUCUCUCAAGGGCUCCUGGGAGAGAUCGUCGACGCGCUGGGGACGAAACUCACAUUAGAUCUGGAGGAGAUAGAGCUCCAUGACCCCUCUUACGAGGCGACGAACCAGAACCAGGAGCUGGCUUUGCUUUAUAGAGUCCAGUGUAAGAAGGUACUCGAUCGCGCCCUCUCUAGCCUCUCAAAUACAGAUUCAGGUGCUAGUACUUGAUCGAUUUGUUUCCAACGAUUGCGCAUCGAGGUUAUUCGGCUUCACCAUAAAUAGGCACUAAAUCAGGCAAUGCUAAAAAAAUACGAACUCCAAUCUAGGGGGUAUCAUGAUCCAUGCUGGUCGCCGUCCCGCCCCUCCCUAAAAUUCCCAAUUCUCCCCCAGUAACUCAGAACGCCUCGUGUAUCCCUCCAUAUCCAGUUUUAGGGCAAGU